UGGAGCGAUUUUCACAAACCUUUACAACGCAGGAAGCCAUGGAAGAAACAUCAACACAGGUAUGUGCCAUUUGAGCAUUUGUUAGUAUUGUAAUUAAAUUCUAAGGUGGGCUUUAUGCAAAAUGAUAACUUAAUAAUUAUUAAUAACGAAUGAAUAAAAUUAAUUCCAGAUUUGAAGUCAUUAUAAGUUAAAAAAUGAUAAUUGAUUAUUAGAUUUAACAUGAUUUUCUCCAGAAAUAUGAUUCUUUGUAGAAAGUAUUUCCAUCUGAAUGAAUGCUGCUAGAUUACUACUCAUGUCUGCUAGGCCAGCUACAGUCAUGUAGACUACCAUUACAUAUUGUAACUGGAUGGUUUACAGAUUUUCAGGAUGGUAGAAAGUGUUAAGCGUUUUCAUGUCAAGUAUUUAUUUUAUUGAAAAUAGUCUUUUUCUAGAAAGGUGCCACCAGACCCAGUCUUCACAUGGUGGUCCAUGGAUUGGAUGAAAUUCAUGAAGAGUCAGAGAGUGACUCCUCAGAAUUUGAAUCAUCCAGAGGCACAGACAUAGACCUAGAUUACAAUCCAGAUCCAAGUGGAACAUCGUCCAGUGAAGUGGAAAUUUGGAGCCCAGACACAGGUUCAUCAUGUGAUAAACUGUACAUUGCAGAAGAUGUUGAAAGUCCAGACACAAAUUUGAGUGAAGAAGAUGAUCAGCAAAGAGGUGAAAGUUCCACAUCGAACUCUGUGAGUGUCAGAGAGAAACAGAAGAAACAAGGAAGAGAGUUAGAUGAGGAUGGAUGUUCUGACCACUUCAGCCCCCCAAAAAAACAACACAGUGAGGAUAGAACCUUAGAUUUAAAUGAUGAAAUUUCCACAACAACUUCUAUCAGUGUCCAGGAGAGACAAAAGAAACGACGAAGAAAGCUGGUAAAGGCUGUUGCAGAUUCCAGCAGCUCAGAAGAAAGGGCCACACCCAAUCCAAAAACACAAAAACAGACCAAGAAUGCAAAGAAGUCACCCGGGAUGAAGAGACCAUGGAGUGAAGUAGAGACAAGAGCAGUGGACAAACACUUGGGAAGGUUUAUGGCAGAGCGCAGAGUUCCUAGAAAAGCAGACUGCAUGAUUUGUGUAAAAGCAGAGAAAUCCCUGGCUCAAAGAUCAUGGAAAGAUGUCAAAAACUUUGUUUACAACAGAAUUGUCACUUUAAACCGGAGAGCUGCUAAACGAAUCCUUCAGUUUUAAAGGCUUGGUAUCUCGUGUUCUGUUUGAGUGCCAUGUCGUCGUUUUUGGUUGUGAUGUUUACCAAUUGUGGUUAAUAUAUUUAGAGAUAUAUUGACAUCUUGUGAAUAUUAUCUUUUCAGAAACUAGUUCUGAAAAUAAUGACUCUGUUAAUCUGACAGUUUUUUAGUUUAGCAUUUCAUCAUUUUCGUCGGAAAAACAUGAAGUACAGUUGUCUAAAGCCCAAGGUGUCUGUUCACAAGCUAAAAUAAAUUCAGUGUUGGUCACUGGAGAUGGCAUCUCUUGCAGUUUUGUUGGAAGCUGCUGGAUAUUGGUAUAUAUAGCUUGGUGUUUGGUUCAUCUCAUUAGAUUAAUAAUUGUACAAUACCACUGCCUAUACUUCAGUACAAUAAUUUUAUUGAUGGUCAUAACAUACAUGUUUAGCUAGUCUGUUUAUGAAUUUGCAACUGCAAAUUGCAUUGUUUGUCAAAGAAUAAGUGCAAGCUAAAAAGAGAAAGUAAGUAUAAAAAGUAAUCCAGUCAGAAACGAACUCAACAGCGCCCCCAUUAAAUGUCCUCACUCUGCUGGUAAAAUACUGGUUCUUUCCUUUUGUUUUUUUAAGAAGCUGAGGUGAAAACUGUAAUCAUGGACACACCUAGUGGUGAAAUGUGGUCUGCAUUUAUCUGUAAAGGUAGCAGAAAUGGUGGUCCUCACUUUGCAGGUUAAUUUACUCGGUCCUCACCUCGAUAGAU